GCAUGGUCAGCGCUGAUGUUUCCGUCACUGACUGCGCCGUAUGUUACCCAGUCGAUAGGAUUGUUGACGAGGUUUGGCUGACAGCAGCGCGUUCUAGCAAAUGUGCGUCAGCAACAUGAACAACAAGGCGUCUGAACUGGGUUGCACCAGCGGCGAUCUGUCUUGCCUGUGCAGCAAGGCCGACUACAGCUACGGUAUUCGCGACUGCACCGCCCAGGCCUGCCCCAAUGACGACGCCAGCGCUGUUGUUUCGUCUGCUCUGGCUUCUUGUCCCACCUCCACUGGUACGUUGCUCUGCUGACACGGUUGGAGAUGCUAAGACCGAUGCUAACUAUAUAACAGGCAGCACCAACUCCGCUUCCGCUACCGGCGCUUCUAGCACUAACACUGGCGCUGCCGGUGCUGGUUCCACCACU